AUGCUAGAAAAUUUGUGCAUUGAUUUACUUCAUGAAUUGUUCAAAGCAAAGUAUAAUUUACUUCUUUCCUUGCAAACAAAUUUACACACUAAGAGGAAAAUAAAAAAGGAAAAAAAAAAAAAAAAAAAGAGGGACAAAAUAUUUAGGUACUUGUUUAUACGAGUACUUGAGAAAGAUGAAUAUUACACACAUUUUGGAUAUAUAAAAAAAAAGAAAAUUAUGAAAAAAAAAAAAAUUAAAAAAGAAUAUAAAAAAUUAAGAAAGCAUAUUGCAGAUAUAAAUGCAUAUUAUAAAAAAAAAAAAUAUUCCAAAUCAUUAAAAAAUGAAUAUAAUGAUAAUUAUUGUACAACAUUCAAUGAAUAUCAUAUUCACACACUACUAAAAUCAUUUAUGUAUAACCCUGAAAAGAUAGAUUUUAUUUUACGUAAAAAAUGGAAUAUAUAUAGCCAAAAUAAAAUUGUAAAUUAUAAGCAUAAAAUUAAGGAUAAUAAAAAAAGGAAAAGAAGUAUAUGCAUAUAUUGUUGCCGUCGAGAUAGAGGAAAACGAAAACAAAAGCAAAAACAAAAACAAAAACAUAAUUACAAAAAUUAUAAAUUCUUUACUAAAAACAAAAACAAUAAUGAAGCUAGAAAUAAUGAAGCUAAAAAUAAUGAAGCUAAAAAUAAUGAAGGUAGAAAUAAUGAAGGUAGGAAUAAUGAUAUUUGUUUACAAUUGGCAAAAAAUAGUUUAUAUGGCUAUCUAGACAAAUCUUUUUAUUCUAUUCUUCCAAAUUUAAAUUUUAAACAACUGAAAGAAGAACCAAAUUUAGAACAAAAUAACAAUUUAAAUUACAUAUUAAAUAUAGAAAAAAUGAAAAAUAAUUUAAUAAAAAAAAAAAAAAUAAUAAGCAAAGUUUAUAUAAAAAAUAAGAAACAUAUAUAUUUAUCCUCAACAAAAUUAAAGAAACAAUAUAUUAACUUUUUAGACAAUUUUCAUUUGCUAAUUAAAAAAAUGAAAACACAUAAAGAAAGGGACAUGAAAAUAAUUAAUUCAACAAAUUUAAAACUUUUAAAAACUAUAUUAUAUUUAGAAAAUGAUUAUAAUGAUAUAGACAGUAUAAAUAGUAACAGCUCAAAUGAUGUUAUUAAAAAUGUAUUAAUAAAAAAAAAAAAUUAUAAAAUAUAUCAUGUUAUUUCCAUAAUAAAUUAUAUUAAAAAGAGUUUGUAUAUUAUUAAAAUGGAUAUAAUGUAUAUUUUUAUUUUCUUUACUUCAUAUAUAAACAAUAUUUUUGCAAAAUUAAAAAAUUCAUAA